CUUAGGGUGUUGGCCAAAGACCACAAAGUGAGGGAGGAGAGGCGUGCAGGGACCGAGCUAUCUCAGGCCCUCUCAGUGACUGGGGCAGGUGGGGGUAGGGGCAGGGGCAGCUGGGAAAUAGGCCUCCCUCUGGAAUUCAGAGUUGAGCUGCUGUGUAAGUCACUGGCUCCUGGGUUCUAUAAGACAACAGUGAAGACUACAAAAGGGCAAGUGCCACACUCCCAAAGGACAGCUUCUGCCACGCACCAUGUGGUUGACCCUGCUGCUGCUGCUGCCCACAGCGCUGCGCCUGAGCCUGGCAGAGCCUCCCCAGGAGAGGGUCCCUCUUUUCCGACUCAUUCAGCUGGGCCCCUGGGGAAGCGGGGCCAACGACACCACGGGCUCGCCCUGCCAGGGGCUCUUCGCCACUGGGGCCACGACCUUGAAUCUGGCGAACCGCAGCCUGGAGCACCUGCCGGUCUCCGGCACCGCGCUGGGCCAGGGGGACAUCGCUGACGCUGCCUUCGCGCCCCUGGCCUCCCUCGAGGUCCUGGACCUCAGCGGCACGCUCCUCAAGCAGGUUCAGCCGAGGUGGAUGGGAGACCUGCCCAAGCUCACGUCCCUCUACCUGAGGAAGAUGCCCAUGCUGAGGAGCCUGGAGGGGGACAUUUUCAAGAUGACCUCUGACCUGCAACAACUGGAUUGUCAAGAUUCCCUAGCACUCACCUCUGUCCAGACACACAUCUUCCAAGACACUCCUCGCCUCCAGCUCCUUCUGCUGCAGAACUGCAACUUGAGUUCCUUCCCUCCUUGGACCCUGCAUUCCUCCCAGGUUCUAUCCAUCAACCUCUUUGGCAACCCCCUCACUUGCAGCUGUGAGUUGUCCUGGCUCCUCAUGGAUGUAAACAGGACUAUCCUAAGCAGGGCAGCGGACACUGUGUGCGCACCAGCCGCAGGAUCCCCCGGGGCCUUCCCCGCACCCCUGGCGCUGUCCCAGCUGCCCAGCGUGUGCCCUGGGGACCAAAGCACCACCCUCCGUGAUUCCAGCCCACCCUCCUCUGCGGGCUCCACCCACGCGCCUUCUACCCCCGGUCCCUUCACCCCGCUGCUGAGCACAGCCCCCUCCUCUCAAGCUGUCACCAAGGCCCCCUCCCACCCUGUGAGGACCCCCUCAAGAGCUGGCGGGGCGGGGGCCGCUGCCUCCACUACCGUCUCUACAGCAGGUCCCAGGAACUCCAGCGCUGCAAGCCCGGCCUGGACAGAGCACGAACCUACUGCCUCGCAUGUCCUGGACCCUAAUAUUUCAGCUGCCUCCCUCCCACCCACCACCAGCAAACAUCGUGGUCUCCUCCCUGCCUCCCGGAACCCACUGAGCAUCCCCCGGCACUACCGGACGACCCAGGCCACCCCGCAGGCUCCCCACCCAAGUCCUUCCGAGGAUGGAAUUCCAGUCUUGGUUUUGGACGACUACAGUGAGGAGGAGGAGGAGGAAGAGGAGGGGAAGGGGGAGAAGGUGAGCGCGCCUCCCCAGGGCGUGGCCUGCGAUUACCACCCUUGUAAGCACCUCCAGACCCCGUGCGCGGAGCUGCAGAGGCGCUUGAAGUGCCAGUGCCCCGGCUUCAGCCAGGAAGACACCAUCCCAGACCCUCCCAAGCUGCAGGGGGUGUCGGAGAUCACAGACACGUCCGCGCUUGUCCGCUGGUGCGCCCCCAACUCGGUGGUGCGCAGCUACCAGGUGCGCUACUCUGCGGAGGGCUGGCCGGGGAACCAGUCCGCGGUGGGGGACAUCUAUGCCACGGCUCGGCACGAAUGUGUUUUCCGUUACAAUUUCUCUCUAAAUGACAAUGAAAAGCCGAGAAUUCGGGUGAUUGGCCACAAGCUUUAG